AUGACAUUGACUCUGGACGAUUGGAGCCCACGGUCGUGGGCCUCUAAGCCCAUCAAGCAAGAGGUUGUCUAUGACGAUCCUGAGGGCGUGCAGUCGGCGCUGGAGAAGCUCCAGAAGCUGCCCCCACUUGUCACAACACAGGAGAUUGCAAAUCUGAAAAAGAGCUUGAGAAAUGUUGCUCUUGGAAAGGCUUUUGUUUUACAAGGAGGUGACUGCGCGGAGCUGUUCGACUACUGUAAUCAGGAUAUGAUCGAGGCAAAGGUCAAGCUUCUUCUUCAGAUGAGUUUAGUCUUGAUUUGGGGCGCAAACAUGCCCGUCGUCCGCAUCGCCCGAAUCGCAGGCCAAUUCGCGAAACCCCGCUCAAGCCCCAUGGAAGUGAUCAACGGGAUCGAAAUGCCCUCCUUCCGUGGCGACAACAUCAACGGCUUCGACGCGACGCCCGACUCGCGCCGCCCUGACCCAUCCCGCCUCGUCUCGGCCUACUUCCACUCCGCCGCAACCCUCAACUACCUGCGCGCCUCGCUCUCCUCGGGUCUUGCGGACUUGCAUUCCCCUCUAGACUGGGGACUGGGCCAUGUCAUCACCCCAUCUAUCAAGGAGAAGUACGAGCGCAUCGUCACCCGCGUCAAGGAUGCGCUGCGCUUCAUGCAGACCGUUGGCAUUGAUACAGACCGCGGCGUUGAGACCGUUGACGUGUAUACGAGUCAUGAGGGAUUGCUUCUCGAGUAUGAAACGAGCCUCACCCGCCUCCUGCGAGACCCCACAGUCCCAGGCGAAACCCUCACACCCACGCACCCCCUCAAACUCUCCCACACUACCACCACCACGACGUCUUCCCCCCCAAAAUCCUACUACGCAACCUCCAGCCACUUCCUCUGGAUCGGCGACCGCACGCGACAACUAACAGGCGCCCACGUCGAAUUCUUCCGCGGAAUCACAAACCCCAUCGGGAUAAAAAUCGGGCCCUCCAUGACCCCCGAAGACCUAAUCACCCUCCUCGACACCGUAAAUCCAACACACGAGAUCGGAAAAGUCACGCUCAUCUCGCGCUACGGCGCCUCCAAGAUCUCCGCCCACUUACCAGCACACAUCGCCGCCGUCCAAUCCACCCGCCACAUCCCCGUCUGGCAAUGCGACCCCAUGCACGGGAACACGCAGACGACGCCGACGGGCGUCAAGACGCGGCAUUUCGCGGAUAUCCUUUCUGAACUCAAGCAGGCGCUUGAGAUUCAUCGUGCUGCGGGAUCGUUCCUGGGAGGCAUGCAUUUGGAGCUGACGGGUGAGGCUGUGACGGAGUGUGUGGGUGGUGCGGGCGGGUUGACGGAGGAGGGGCUGGGCGAGAGGUAUACGACGUUUUGUGAUCCGAGGCUGAACGAGAAGCAGGCUCUUGAGCUGGCGUUUUUGGUUGCGGGGUUUUAUCGCGAGAUGGAGGGGGAAGAGGAGGUUAAUUCGAUAUGA